AUGUCCCAGGAAAUCCCAGCAAACGUUAAGGAAGCAGUCGAGUUCGACCCUUGGUUGAAACCAUUCGCUCAAGUCCUCUCAGAGAGACGUUACCUCGCAGACAAAUGGGUCUACGACAUCACGCACGCUACUCCCGAUGGCUCGUAUCAGUCCCUGGCCAAGUUUACUAGGGAUUCCAUUAAGAACUACGGUCUUCACGCUAAUAAGCAAACAAAGGAAAUUUACUACAAGGAAUGGGCUCCUAAUGCCAAACGUGCAUUCUUAGUAGGGGAAUUCAACAAUUGGGACGGUACCAACCAUGAAUUGAAAAACAAGGACGAGUUCGGUAACUUCUCCAUCACAAUUCCACCAUUGGCUGAUGGUUCAUUCGCUAUCCCUCACGACUCCAAGAUUAAAGUCAAAUUCCAACUGGAAGAUGGUUCUGAAAUUUACCGUCUACCUGCAUGGAUUACAAGAGCUACACAACCAACAAAGGAAACGGCAAAGCAAUUCGGCCCCACUUAUGAGGGUAGAUUUUGGAAUCCAGAUAAUGAAUACCAUUUCCAACAUCAAAGACCUAAAUUCAACCAAAAGACUGAUUCUCUAAGAAUUUACGAAGCUCAUGUCGGGAUCUCUUCUCCAGAACCAAAAGUAACCUCUUACAAAGAGUUUACUCAAAAUGUCUUACCAAGAAUUCAAAAAUUAGGUUACGAUGCCAUUCAAUUAAUGGCUAUAAUGGAACAUGCAUACUAUGCCUCUUUCGGUUAUCAAGUAACAAACUUCUUUGCAGCAAGUUCUCGUUAUGGGACACCAGAAGAUUUGAAAGAAUUAAUUGAUACCGCUCAUGGAAUGGGUAUCUUGGUUCUAUUGGAUGUCGUUCAUAGUCAUGCAUCCAAGAAUGUCGAAGAUGGGUUAAACAAUUUCGAUGGGUCCGAUCAUCAAUAUUUCCAUUCCAUCUCUUCAGGAAGAGGUGAACAUCCAUUAUGGGAUUCACGUUUGUUUAAUUACGGAAGCUUCGAAGUUCAAAGAUUCUUAUUAUCCAAUUUGACUUACUAUAUUGACACCUAUAAAUUUGACGGGUUCAGAUUCGAUGGGGUCACUUCAAUGCUUUAUAUGCAUCAUGGUGUAGGUGCCGGAGGUGCCUUCAGUGGUGAUUAUAAUGAAUAUUUAUCUAAGGAAAGAUCUGCUGUGGAUCAUGAAGCUUUAGCAUACUUGAUGAUUGCUAAUGAUUUGGUUCAUGAAUUAUUACCAGAAUCCGCUGUUACCAUCGCUGAAGAUGUUUCAGGUUAUCCAACUUUAUGUUUACCACGUCACAUGGGUGGUGGUGGGUUCGAUUAUAGAUUGGCCAUGGCUUUACCUGAUAUGUGGAUUAAGAUUUUGAAAACAAAGACAGAUGAACAAUGGGAUUUAGCAAAUAUUGUCUUUACUUUGACUAAUAGACGUUAUGGUGAAAAGGUUGUCGCAUACUGUGAAUCUCAUGAUCAAGCUCUAGUUGGUGAUAAGACUUUAGCAUUUUGGUUAAUGGAUGCAGAAAUGUAUACAGGAAUGAGUACAUUACAAGAACCUUCUUUAGUCAUUGAUCGUGGUAUCGCAUUACAUAAAUUGAUUAGAUUGUUGACUCAUGCUCUUGGUGGUGAAGCUUACUUGAAUUUUGAAGGGAAUGAAUUCGGUCAUCCAGAAUGGUUAGAUUUCCCUAACGUUAAUAAUGGAGACAGUUACCAUUAUGCUCGUAGACAAUUCAAUUUGGUCGAUGAUCAUUUAUUGCGUUAUCAACAUUUGAACAAUUUCGACUCAGCAAUGCAACAUUGUGAAAAAAAUCAUCAAUGGUUGAACACUCCACAAGCUUAUGUCUCUUUGAAAAAUGAAAGUGAUAAAGUCAUUGCUUUUGAACGUAAUGGACUCUUGUUCAUCUUUAACUUGCACCCAAAUAAUAGUUACACAGACUACAGAGUCGGUAUCGAACAAGCUGGUACUUAUCGUAUCGUAUUAAACUCUGAUAGACCCGAAUUUGGCGGUCAUAAUAGAAUUGACGAAAAUGGGAGAUUCCAAACAACUGAUUUAGAAUGGAAUAACAGAAAGAACUUCCUUCAAGUUUAUAUCCCAAGUAGAACUGCCAUUGUCUUAGCCCUGGAAUAG